CCAGGUCUCUUUUAAGGUUCUUCUUUAAGCGGGAGCCUGGCCCUUUAAAUAGUCCGUGUCGGAGGCUAUUUUAAGCUUCCGGUCAUGCGCACAGCGUAGUGCAGAGGAAUGCCUUCACCUGGACAUGAGGAACAGUUGGCACAAAGGAACUGAAGAAGGCCAGUGAAGCUGGAGUACAGUGGAUAAUGGGAAAAAGGUACAAGAUAAAUUUGGAGAAUAGACAGAGUCCAGGAUCUUAGAAGUCUUUGGAAGCCAGGGCGUUGUUAUUUAAGAAUGGAAGAGGAUACAGAUUUUAGAAUCAGGUUUAGUUCUUUGUGUUUCAUUACGGAUCACGUUGGAUUUCAUGGCACCAUAAAAAGCUCACCAAGUGACUUUGUUGUUAUUGAGAUUGAUGAACAGGGACAGUUAGUUAAUAAAGCCAGUAAUGAACCUAUUUACAAGGUUAAUAAAAUACUACCUGGGCCAAAUAAUUUGGCUAAAAAAACAAAACUGGAUCCUCAAAAUUUAUCCUUUGAAGAGAGAAGCAAUCAAGAAGUCAGUACUUUGGCUGGGUGCUCUGGUGAUGACCAAAAUUAUGAGCCUGGUUCAGAAAAGGAAGAUACUAUCAAAGAUGGAACUUCCAAAGGUGAAGAAGAAAACAUUGAUGUAUUAGGAUCCUUGUUAGAUGAAAAAACUAAUGAAUUACUGAAUCAGUUUGCCUGUGAUAUAAAAGAGAAGUGGAAUUCUAAAACUGAACUAAUUGGACCAUCUCCUGAAUUCUCAUUAGGCAGAAUCCUUGACAAAAACCGGAGGGCUAUUUUGCAUAGUGCUAUUAGGCAGAAAUUUCCUUUUUUAAUAACUGUAGGAAAAAACAGUGAAAUUGUUGUAAAACCAAAUCUUGAGUAUAAAGAACUCUGUCACUUGGUAUCUGAAGAAGAAGCAUUUGACUUUUUUAAAUACUUGGAUGCAAAGAAAGAAAAUUCCAAAUUUACCUUUAAACCUGAUAUAAACAAAGAUCACAGAAAGGCUGUCCACCAUUUUAUCAACAAAAAGUUUGGAAAUCUUGUGGAAACCAAAUCUUUUCCUGAACCGAAUUAUAGUGCUGAUAAUCCAAAUGUAGUGAUAACAGUAAGAUUUCGGGAAAAAGCACACAAGCACAGGAAAAGAUCUCUUCUUGAAUGCCAGGAAAGAAAAGUUAUAUACACAGCCUUUACCCUUCGAAAAGACAAUUUGGAAAUGUUUGAAGCAGUUGGUUUUUUAGCCAUCAAACUUGGAGUGAUUCCUUCGGAUUUAAGUUAUGCAGGACUUAAAGACAAGAAAGCCAUCACUUAUCAAGCAAUGGUUGUUAGAAAAGUGACACCAGAGAGGUUGAAAAAUAUUGAAAAAGAAAUUGAAAAGAAAAGAAUGAAUGUGUUUAAUAUUCGGUCUGUAGAUGAUUCCCUUAGACUCGGUCAGCUCAAAGGAAAUCACUUUGAUAUUGUCAUCAGAAAUUUAAAAAAUCAAAUAAAUGAUUCUGCAAACCUGAGAGAGAGAAUUUUGGAGGCAGUAGAAAAUGUUAAGAAUAAAGGGUUUGUGAAUUACUACGGACCACAGAGAUUUGGGAUGGGAAGGAAAGUUCACACAGACCAAAUUGGAUUGGCUUUGCUGAAGAGCGAAAUGGUGAAGGCUGUGAAAUUAUUUCUUACACCAGAAGAUUUGGAUGAUCCUGUAAACAGAGCAAAGAAAUAUUUUCUUCAAACUGAGGAUGCUAAAGGCACACUUUCACUGAUGCCUGAAUUCAAAGCUCGGGAGAGAGCAUUGUUGGAGUCCCUGCAUCGCUUUGGCGUGACAGAGGAGGGCUGUAUCCAGGCGUGGUUCUCUUUCCCCCACUCCAUGCGCAUAUUCUACGUUCAUGCAUAUAGCAGCAAAAUCUGGAACGAGGCAGUAUCUUACAGACUUGCAACCUAUGGAUCAAGAGUGGUGGAGGGUGAUUUGGUCUGUUUGGAUGAAGAUAUUGACGAUGAGCAUUUACCAAGUAGUAAAGUUCAUCUAGUAACUGAAGAAGAGGAAUCAGCUAAUACAUAUGCAAUACAUCAGGUGGUUCUUCCAGUGCUUGGAUACAAUAUUCAGUACCCAAAGAACAAACUAGGGAAGUGGUACCAGGAAGUACUCAGCAGAGAUGGACUACAGACAUGUAGAUUUAAAAUACCUACUCUGAAACUGAAUGUUCCAGGAUGCUAUAGAAAGAUUUUGAAACAUCCCUGUAAUCUCUCAUACCAACUAAUAGAAGACCAUGAUAUUGAUGUCAUGAACGAAGGUUCCCACAUCGAUGAAGCAACUUUAUCUCUUUUGAUCUCUUUUGAUCUUGACGCUUCGUGUUAUGCUACAGUUUGUAUGAGGGAAAUAAUGAAGCAUGACUUUUAAAACUGAUCCCCUUAAUAUAAUCGUGUAUGUGCCACUUUUUAAAGGAAAGGGAGCUAAAGUUUCUUGAGCAUCUACCAUGUGCUGGGAGCUUUAUAAUUGUUAUCUCCUUUAAUUACACAACAUCCUGAUGAAGUAGGAAUUUGAUACUAACAUUCCAGAGGACGUAUAACUAGUAAGUGGCAGCAUCUGAGUUGAAGACUCCAAAGCCUUUGUUCUUUCUAUUAUCUAAUAUCUCGGUGACCUUUAGUCUGUGCUAUAAAAGUUACAGUCUUUCUGGACUAUUAGGAACAUAUAAUACUGCAGGAUGACAUUAAAGAAGAUAACAUUAAAGAAAAACAUUUUUGGAGUAAUGUUUAUAUCCUCAAGCUCCUUGCUUAGAAUGUAGAUGAAACUUGGUUGUAAUGAAAACAGGGUUGGAAAGAUAGAUGAAGCAUUUUGUUAAUUAUUGCCAUUCUUUCCUAUUUUUGAAAUUAUUGAUCAGAACAGUACAUCAGGAAAAUAUAAUCCCUCUAUUUAUGAUAGCUACCCCAGGGUAGUUUACCCCUUUAUGAGGGAAAUAAUCUUUGAUGAAGAUUGAAAUAAAAUUUAUCCUACAGUUUCUUUAUCUUGACACAUAUUGACCCUCCACUUUUUUGUUAUUUUUGUUCUAUCAUCUAAAACAUAAAUUUUUAGAGUCAGACUGAUCUGUGCUCAGACUCCAGCUCUGACACUUACCAGUGACUGGGUGUUAUUGAUUCUUUUCGAGGCUCAUUUAAGGAAUCAAGAUAGCACCAAUCUCAUAAGCAGCAAACAAUAGAAUUAUCUCCACCUUUUUAUGUUGCUGGAGGAAGAAAACAUUUUACCCAUUUCGAAAAUUCUAUAUUUGUUGGUUUAACUAUCCCGCAUCACAAACCAUCCUUAUCCACUUUACAUCAGGUACAUUUGCGGGGAAAUGGGAUAUACUGAUUGGGAAAAUCUGAGCAUUCUUUUAUUGCUGGUAGCAUUACAUAAUGACUUAAAAAGCUGUCAAGAGUAUUAUAUAUUAGUAAUGUGGCACUUUUAUAUACUUAAGUCAGUCAAACCAUUUUGGGUAUAUUAACAUAAGGAAAUAAAAUUCCAAGGAAGGAAAAAAACUGCAAUGCAAAAUUUGCUUAGUGCAGCAUUUUUAUAUAUAUAGAAAGAAAUUAGAAACAGUUUGGAAGUCCAGCAUUAGCUAACUAAAAGUAAAAUGAGAUGUAACAACUUGAUGGCAAAACAUUUAGUUAUUAAAGUUGAUGAUGAAGGUUUUAGGUAUGUGAGAAAAUGUUGUCCCACAAAACCAUAUAUAUAUAUAUAUAUAUAUAUAUAUAUAUAACAUAUAAAACACAAAUGCAGUAUAUACACUGCAUGCACCUUUUACACAGGAGAGGCACUUUAGCAUAGUGAUUAAAAGCUUAGAUACUGGGGACAAACUCCCCUGGUUUGAAGCUUGCCUCUGCCACUUAACAGCAGUGUGGCCUUGGACAAGUUGUUUAAGCUUUGUGUGUUUCAGUUUCAACAUCUGUAAAACAGGGAUGGUAAUAAACCUAUCUCUUAGGAUUAUUGUGAUGAUUUGCUGAGUUAGUAUAUGUAAAGCAGCUUAGAAAAGUGCCUAGCAUUUAGUGAUUGUUAAGUAAAUGUCCACAAAUGCAAGUUUGGAAGGGAACAGAAAAAAAUGAAAAUGCCAUUCUGUUAAGAUCAUAGAAUGUUUGGAAUUUUUUUAAUACUAGAAAGUUCCUCUUUUGUCUUUAUAUAUUUUAAUAAUAAACAAAUUCAGGACACAAAACUUGCAGAUUGUGGUACUGUGGAUUUUAAAAAUUACCUUUAUUGCCUUAAUGUUUAUCGAAAAUGAAAUGAUGCUAUAUUAAAUAGUAAAAAAAUUUAGAAAUAAUGUUUUAACUUUAUUUUAUAUGAUAAAUUAUAUCCUAUAAAUGUAAUCAGAAACUGAAUUACUAAAUAAUUAAAUCCCAGUUUUCUUUUAAUCAUUGGGUAGCAAUUAGAAAAUAUGAAAUCAUUAAAAAUGUGCCAUCAUUGAUAGUAUUUUCUUUGCCUGUAGAUGGCACUAUAAUUUUAGGUAUCUUUCUAAUUUAUUUGUUUAGUACUUUGGCCCUGUGUAAAGAAAGGAUCACGAAAGUUAUUUCAGGUCACCAUAAAAUGUAUUCAGAUACUGUUCAUGUGAAAAAUUAUUUUAUAUACUAAUAAUAUUUGCCAUGUUAAUUUUUUUUUUUUUUUUCAGUAAGGACUUGAGUAGACUUUGGACCAAAUGAUGAGUAGUCACCUAGGUUUUUGCAGUUUUUCUGGAGCAUUUCAGGCUUUCAGAAGAAGAAUCUUUGAAUCAGCUUUAAUUUUCAACGUUGCAUUUGAAACUGAGCAAUAGUGCCUCAGGAUUACUAAGGUAAAACAAAUGGAGGUCUUUUUAUUAAGAUAAGAACACUUGGAUUUUUGUAAGUUGUAAUAAACUGAAGUCAUAAGCAACUUUGAUCCAAGUAACAUUUUUUCUGAGUCUUGUGCCACUCCUCUCAUUGUAAUCCAUGUACCCAUCCUGUAGGUGGGUAGUGUUUUCCCUGUUUUUGCAAAUGAGAAAAUAUUUGAGUGGUUUACUGACCUAUUCAAGGUCAAACAAGAUGCUAUUUGGGAACCUGAUUAUGCUUCCUAGAGCAGUACUGCUUUCAUCUACCUGAUAUUUGCCUUCUGAAAACAAGUUUUUUGGUUAAUAAUUUCUAUUUCUACCAACUUGUUAUUUCUUGAUAUUGAUUAAUAGGCAUACUGGAGCAGGUCUUGAGAGAAACGAGAUUCCUUUUGAGGUUCUGAAACCAAAAUAAAAGUAAAGGAGAUCGUUUAGGAAAUUUCCAAAUCAUUUUGGGGUAUUUUCCAGAACAUUUUUGGACUUGUAUCUCAAUGAUGGGCAACAUCAUUAUAGGUCAUAGAAGGUUACUUUAGAUGAUACCUGGUACAAUAUUAAAUAUCAUUGAAAAAGUACAGUGAGAGGAUUGUUUAUUUAUUUUUUUUCCAAUACUCUUUUAAUCUUUUAAUCAACCAUUCUGUUUAAGACAAGGAGAAAGCUGGCUGAAAUGAGUUUACAUAUAUCGCUUGCUGGAUUUACCUUUUUAACAGAGAUUGUGCAGGCCUGAGGCUCAGGAAUACCAGCAAGCAACAAUAUCUAACUAGAAUUUCAUAAUACUGCUUUGUUUUAUUGAGUUUGUUUUUCUAGUUACCUUUUUUAUGGCAAAUAAUCUUGGUUUUCAACUUAUGUGAUGUUUCUUUCAAAAAUAAAUUUUAAAAAGAGAAACUCAGUGUAAAGGUAAUAAGGAACUACUAGUACAGAUAUAGCAGUAAUUGUGACAGCAGUACAUGAAUGAUUGAAGUUUGGGAAAUAGUGAGAGUACCUGAACUCAGAGAGUGCCUCUACCGCUGCACUAGGGUGUCCCUUUAGUAACCCAGUGAAUUUCUCUGUUGUGAUCUCAGGUGUGAAGUAAUGUUAGCAAUCAUUUUUCAGUCCAGGACUGUACUGCAUCAAACAAAAUAAUGAAAAAUACACAAAUGCAAGAUACUAUGAACAUAAGUACUAAUGAUCACAUGCCAUAUCUUAAAAUUUCACUGAUAGGGAUUUUCUUUUAGAAAAUCUUAUGAAACACUAAGAACAGUGCCCAGCACCUAGUAAAUUCUCGGUAAGUGGCAGCUAGUGUUAUUAUAGUUAAUAUUACAUUACUGUGCUCUCUGAUGAAAGUUUUACAGUUGAAUGGUUAAUGAAUUUCCCUUGAGAUCUGAUCUGACUCUGUCUUAGCAUAAAGUAAUUACAAUUCAGCACACUUUUAUUUAUUUUUUUGUAAGUGGAAAGAACUACGUAUUUCUAAAUCUGGGAAUUCAGCAGUUCAUUCAAAUUUAGAUCUUUAAGAACUAUCUAGGUCAGUGUGCCUCAAUAUUUUCCACCUGGGAACUACCCUUAAGAGACCAAGAAGAAAUGAAGCUGCAUAUAACAGUGCAGAAUUUUCUUGUGUUAAUGUCAGGAUAGGAGAAGAGGUUGGAGGGAGACAUAGGGAGUAAGAGAAAUAGGACUUUUCAUUUUUUUCUUUAUUUACUUCUGAAAUGUUUGGGUAUUUAAAUAAGAAUACAUUUGUAUAUUAAUUUUGCAAUUAAUUAAAGAAUACUUGAAGAAUACUGAAGCUUCGGAGAGGGUAAGGUAAGGGAACUGAUGGAUUAUGAUUGCAUAUUUUUCAGAAUGGUUCUGGUGGGUCAUGCCAACGUAUUGCCAGAGAGAGAAAUUUCUGCAUUGUAUAUUUUAACAGUACUAAUGGCGGUUAAUAUAAAUAAAGUUUAGUACCUGUGCUAUGGAUUUUGCUUUCCGAUUCAGAAAGAUUCUUACAAAUAGCUUGAUGUCUUAUGGUACUGUUUUAAUCUUUUUUUUUUCCUAAGCCCUUCUGCUUUACAUAUUUCUGAUAGGCCACAAAGCAAUGCCAAAUAUAUGACAUAAUAAUCCACAAACAUUUGAGUGCCCCUAAGUUAAAGGCACUCUGUAAGAUGCUACGGGGAAAGACAAAUAGAUA